UCGAUGUGGCAACUCUGUUAAAUUUCUUAAAAUUGCAGCCGAUUCUUUUCAGUUGACAUUCAAUUUUCAAAGUGUUGUUUUUGUUCAAACGGGGAAACGGGAGAAGUCGACUAAUAUCUACAAUUAUUAGACUAUUUGGUGUUAGGUUUGAGGGUUUGAGGCCUUGAAUGAAACAAGCAUUUCACGACAUUUCUGUAUACAUUUUCUAAAUUUUAAAAUCUAUUUAUUUUGAUAUCAACCGGUCAACCUAAAAAAUACUUUUUGACUGCAGUUUGUGUGUUAUAUUUUAGUCGUAAUUAUCAAAAAGUUUGAAUUCUAUUAUUUUGAAUGUCUUCCUUACGGUCUGUCCUUCAAAGUAAAAGCUAAACAAAAUGUCGAUGAAUUUAAGCUGGGGAGCCUCCCUUGGGUCACAGUUGUUGGCAGAAAUCAGUUUAUUAGAAGCGAAUGCUCAAGUUAAUAAUGAAAAUCAAGAAACUUCUGCUAAUUUACAAACUGAUAGGACCUCAAUAGUUGCAAGCUCAAGCCAUUCAUCAACUGUUCACGAAAAAAGUUCUUUGAUAAAUGCAUCUGUUUCUUUAGAUUUGAAUUCUCACAGUCAACGCUCAAGGCUUUCAACUAACCACAAUGCAAGUUGUUCUGCAUCUAUUUCUGGGCUCUUAGGUUCAAAUCCAUCUGAAAUCAAGUCAGGAACUUCAUCAGUUUUGGAUAAAAAAACAAACUCUCUUUCAGCAUCGGUGCACUCAUCACCCCUCUCAUGUUCAACACCUGUGGCUAAUUCAGCAGCAAGUCUUCGUAAAGCCAGUUUGCGUUCCAGUUCUGUCUUAAAGCUCCACUUGCAAAAUUGGGGUUUACCUUCUGCUGUUGUACAGAAAUAUGCUCAAAAGAAAAUUACCACUUUAUUUCCCUGGCAAGUUGAUUGUCUUCAGACAGGAAAAGUAUUGGUUGGAAGCAACUUGAUUUACAGUGCACCUACGUCAUCUGGCAAAACCCUGGUUUCUGAAUUGCUGAUGUUGAAAACAGUGGUUGAUUUAAAAAAGAAGGCAUUAUACAUUUUACCUUUCGUAGCUGUUGCAAGAGAAAAAACCCGUUUUUUGAAAAGCGUUACGGAAGACGUUGGUAUUCGAGUGGAGAGCUUUGCUGGAUCCAGUAGUCCACCUGGGGGCCUCAAAAACUGUGAUAUAGCUAUUUGCACCAUCGAAAAGGCAAAUAGUCUCGUCAAUAGACUAAUUGAAGAUGGUUCCCUGGACCAGUUGGGUAUUGUUGUGGUAGACGAGCUUCACAUCAUUGGAGACUCUCAUCGUGGAUAUCUCCUAGAGUUACUGCUAACCAAAAUAUUGUAUGCCGCAACUCGUAGUGGAAGUCGCUCUCCCAUUCAAAUAGUUGGAAUGUCAGCCACCCUGCCAAGCCUUGAAAUUCUUGCCAAAUGGUUGCGUGCAGAUCUUUAUCAAACAAACUUCAGACCCAUCGCAUUAAAAGAACACAUCAAAAUCGGUACAGACAUUUGCCACCCGGACUUUCGAUUAAUCAGAAAAAUUGAUCCGGCUCGUCUCGUCCCCAACGACAUCGAACAUUUGAUCUACUUGUGUCUUGAAACAAUGCUUGAUGGUCAUUCUGUUUUGAUCUUUUGCCCGACUAAAAAUUGGUGCGAGAAAAUGGCCCAGAACAUCAGCGGAGAAUUCUUCAAUCUCGGAUCCAAUGCAACAUCUGACUACGGCGCCAUCCUCCGCAAACAACUGAAAGGAGAUUUAUUAGCACAAGUUCUUGAACGCUUGAAGGCAACACCUGCCGGACUAGAUCCGGUACUGGGUCAAACGAUUCGCUUUGGUGUGGCUUUCCAUCACGCCGGUUUAACUACGGAAGAAAGAGAAAAUAUCGAAGCAGCCUUCCGGCAUGGCGUUAUUCGAGUAUUGAUUGCUACAUCCACCCUUUCUUCUGGUGUCAACUUGCCUGCCCGUCGAGUAAUCAUUCGUACCCCUAUAUUUCACGGAACGGUGAUGGAUCCACUAGUUUACCGACAGAUGAUUGGACGAGCUGGUCGCUUCGGUGUAGACACGGACGGUGAUAGUUACCUCAUCUGCCAAGCUUCUGAAAAACAUCAAGUUCAACGAAUGUUCAACGCUGUACCUCCACCGUUAAAGAGUUGCCUACUCUUAGAUUCAACACCUUCUACUGACUUAUCUACGACUGUUACCUCCAGUAUGAAACGGGCCAUGUUAGAAGUUAUCGCUACAGGAUCAGCCUCAACAGAAGAGGAUUUGAAAUUGUAUGCUUCGUGCACACUGCUCGCAUUGUUAAAUGACGUGCCAGAUGAAGCGAUACAAGCUUGUGUCGCUUGGUUAGUGAGCAACGAAUUUAUUCGCCGACAAACAGUCGAUGAGAGCAAAGAACGCCUGACUCCUACUCAACUAGGGCUCGCCUGUUUAGCGUCGUCACUGUCACCGGACGAGAGCUUGGUUCUCCUUAACGAACUAAAAACGGCCAGGAGAGGGCUAAUCCUAGAUAGUGAUCUUCAUCUCGUCUAUCAGAUUACUCCGACAUAUGUGUCAGACCAGAUGACGCAAAUUGACUGGCUUCAUUAUCUGACACUAUGGGAAGAAUUAAAUGAAAGCCAAAAACGCGUUGGAGAAGCGGUAGGAGUUGAAGAACGGUUUCUGAUUCGAGCUAUGAAAGGCACCGUCACUACAACGGCUCCUCGACAGUCAAGGCAAAUGGCCAUCCACCGACGAUUCUAUACGGCCCUUGCACUCCAUGAAUUAAUGAAUGAAGUCCGUCUAGCCAACGUGGCUCGAACCUACAAAAUGAACAAAGGAACUCUACAGUCUUUGCAGCAACAAACGGCUACUUUUGCUGGUAUGGUGACAAUUUUUUGCCACCGACUCGGCUGGAACACGCUUUACGUUUUAUUGGAACACUUCCAGUCUCGCUUGCUGUUUGGUGUCCAACUUGAACUUUGCGAUUUGAUGCGGUUGCCAUCCAUGCUGUCUCAUACCGCAAGAUUACUUUAUGAUGCUGGCCUAACGAAUGUAUCUGCAGUGGCUACAGCAUCCCCCGAAAACAUCGAAGUGCUCUUGAAGAAUGCUUGUCCUUUUAAAAGCGCCAAGGAAACGGAAGAAGAUAAGAAAUUGGGUGAAACCGACGUCGACGCUCACGCGCUGGUAUCUGAAGCUCGGAAGAUUUUACAGCUGGAACUAGGAGUCAAAAUUCAAUGGAAUGACAAAGUGAACAGUGAACCAGCUUUGCCUAAGCUGUCUCAAGAGAAAUUAAGGACAUCACUUGUGCCUCUUGAUAUUCCGAAUUCAAUAGAAAAGAAUUUGUCGGCCAACUUAUCGGAUGUUGGAUGUCGGAAUUCUCCAAAAGCGUCGACGCCGAUCCUUAAGGAAUCACCCAACCUUCGAAAUAUCCUGACUCCACCAGCCAAAAUUAAGUCCGCCAUGAAAGAGAAUUUGAAGCCGGCAAAUAUUACCCCUGACAUGUUUGCCGAGUCAUCAAUAGAUUCUUCCCAAUCGUUUGCAGAGUCUCUACAUCGAUCACCAAAAAAUCAAGGAGUAAUUCAGAUACCGCCCCGCACUCCGUUAACUAAAGCCGCCGGAAUUCUAGAGAGUCUUAGGCUAUCGGACGAUGAAUUGUUCGAUACGAUACGUACUCCACCCUUUUCUGCUUGCGCAGAGAAACUAGCACCUGUAACGGAAAAGCCAUUUCCGAAAUGCUCCAAACGACGCGUAUCUGUUGAAGACGUAUCUUUCCUAGAAGCCACUCCACCAAAUCAGCACUCUAUCAGCAAACUAGUAACCAAAAAAUGCAAAUUCUCUACACCAGCAGCUUCCCUUCUUCAACCUAAGAUAGAGGUGCAAUCCCCGCUCGCCUUAUCGUUCUCUUCUGAUGAUAGUUCCAUCAUUCCUUCAAGCAUGCCAAUGUCAAAAUUUAAGAUUGAUGAAAUCACAACAAGUUCCCGUUUAGAGUUGUUCAUUAAAGAAUCCAUGAGGCAGAAUUGCUUGGCCAUCAACGUCUACAAAGAGAAGAAUUCCAUCUUGGGUGUAGCUGUUGCCUGGUCUUGUCAGUGUGUCAACUACAUCCAGCUCAGAGAGCGUUUCGAUUCCAAUCUGGAUUUAGCCAAGGUUUCUAAGUUGAAAUCUUGGUUAGAGGCUCUCAUUCGACUGAAGGUCGAGUUUAUUGUUUAUGACAUACGAUCAACCGCCAAUGAUCUUCGCCCAUUGUUCCAUCAUUUACUCAACGAGAUGCUGUUUCGUGAUGUCGAUCUCUGCCAAUGGCUUUUGGAGCCGUCCAACUCUUCCGUCAGCCUACAGAAGCUUAGUAAGAUGUACAGUCAACAAGGAUCACCUACUAAAAUGUAUAGAGGCCGAGAAAAAAUCCUACACGAGUGUUGCGCUCUACUAGACAUCUUCCAUCAGCUAAAGCAACGCCUGAGUAAGGAGGAAUUAUUGCAACCUUUCGUUGACGUGGAGAUGCCAAUGGUGGCCACAAUGCUACGGAUGGAACAAAUUGGAAUCGCCUUCGAUCGUUCCAAUUGCGAAUCGAUUUUGCAGAUAUUGCGGAAUCAUUCGAAAAUGCUGGAGGAAGCUGCUCAUCGAUUAGCAGGGCGGUCGUUUUCGUUGACCAGCACAAAAGAAGUAUCCAAAAUAGUUGCAUCUUUGAACCUCUGCAUCGAGGAAAAAAAUCCCCAGUCUUUCAUCAAUCCGUUAAAAAAGAAGUUCCAGCCGCUUUCCGUCAGUAAAGCAUCGUUGAUCAAAUUAGGUCGAAUUCAUCCAUUGCCGAGAGUGGUGGUAGAAUUUCGUAAAGUCAGCGCUAUUAUUCAAACCAUCAUCUGCCCCUUGCUGCAAGCAUCCACAUUCCAUGUGAGUGGAGUGGAACGUAUAGCUGGAGAAUGCGAAUUCCGAAAUGCUACGGGUCGAGUUAAUAUUGUUCAACCCAAUUUACAACACAUCCCCAGGCCGUUUUCACUUUCUGAUGGCCGGAUGAUUAAUGUUAGAAGUGCCUUUCAUGCAGCUACAGGAACUACUUUGCUUUCUGCGGAUUACUCCCAAUUGGAACUACGAAUAUUAGCGCAUUUGAGUGAAGAUACCGGACUUUGUUCUAUUUUAAGUGAACCUAACGGUGAUGUUUUCCGCGGUAUCGUAUCAGUUUGGAAAAAGAAGAAACAGGAGGAUGUCACAGAUGAGGAAAGGCAACAGGCUAAACAAAUAUGCUACGGAAUUGUUUACGGAAUGGGUUGCAAAAGUUUAGCUGAACAAUUGGAAGUCAGCGAAGAAGAGGCUCAGCUCUUUGUUGAUUCUUUUCAUUCGACUUAUCCCAACAUUCAGAAGUUCAUAACGAACACAAUUAACAUGUGUCGAUCCAUAGGAUUUGUGAUAACGCUCCUCGGACGAAGGCGCUUCCUACCAUCCAUCAACAGCAACAAUGCGGCUCAAAGAGUUCAAGCUGAACGGCAAGCAGUAAACACGAAAAUUCAAGGUUCUGCAGCUGAUCUUGUGAAAACAGCUGUCAUUCUGCUAAAUCGUUCCUUAAAGGAAAAGCUAGCCGAUGUUCAUUUGGUCCACCAAAUACAUGACGAAUUGCUUUUCGAGAUACCAACUAACAGCGUAGAACGAGCUGCUCGCGUUGUUCGGCACUGUAUGGAGACAGCUAUUCCAAUGAAAAUUCGCAUACCAGUAGCAAUAAAAACUGGCAAAACAUGGGGAACAAUGGAACCCUACACAUAGGCUACUAAUCAACUGUGAUUUCUUAUCUAAAUUUAUUGGCUUACCUUGUCACCCUUUUCUUUGUCUGAAAAUGACCCAAUCUUUCCUUUUGAAUACCCAGCUAUAAGUGCACCCAUCGUAACCAAGGCCCACUUUAGCGAAAUUGGACAAGUAUUGCAUGCCUUAACUUGAUUUUUAUAUAUUUUGAAUUAUUAAAAUUUUAUGGUGUUGGUGCUAUGCUUCAUACGAUCCUUAACUUUUUCUAUCUCUUACCCCUAGGACCGAGAACGACAUUAUAAUGAUUUGUAAUAAGAAA